AUGGGGAGAGGCCGUCCGAAGAGGAAAGUUUCACCUUCACCACCUACUCCAUCACCAGUCCAACCCACUACUGAACCUGACACAGCUGUAAUCGAACUGGAGCAGAAGAUGAAAUUAAGGACAAAGAUGAGAACCCAGCUAACUACCUUCUUCAAAGUCAUCAAUGAGACCGUCCAGCAACGAGGUUCGAGAACAGCAGUCACCACACUUUUAGAACAAGCCUCGUCGGUUAUGAAGGCCUCCAACGCCCUAAACGACGAGUUGGAACUGAAUUCGGCCAACGAUGAAGACUAUCAGAAACAGUUCCAGAAGCAGCUCAACUACGUCAAGAGUCUCGCCGACACAAAAGAGAUAGUGGAGGAGUAUCUCAGAGAAAGAAUGGGAGAAGCUCCAUCAGUCAUCAGUAACCAGAUCCAUCAACAAGUCGUCACUCCAUCUCGAACACCUUCAAUUCACGUAAGCAGUCAACAUUCUCAUAAUGCCAGGUUCCCAGAUUACCAGCUGUCGGUGUUAGAAGAAGAAGGAAGUCAGUUUUCGGAAGUUCGAGGUGUAGAACCAGCCCCUGAUGACUGGAUAGAUGACUACAAGGCAGGCCGACGUGCGGGCGAGCCAAUCACGAGAGAGGUGGGAUGGAAAACAACUGUCAAAACUGAUCUCGGUCCAUACUCAGGUUCAGCACUUGAAUGGUUCGCCUGGAUCGACCUGUUCAAAUCACUUGUGCACGAUUCGAACUGCUCACCGGGAGAGAAGCUGGCCAUUUUAAGAAGAAAUCUUCAGGGGGACUGUCAAGAUAUCGUUUACGGAUUAGGAGGAGGAGAGCCCGCUUAUAAGGAAGCAUUACAUCGCCUCAAACAAGAUUGUGGCAGACGAGAUGUAAUGAGAGCUGCACAUAUGCAAGCAGUAGAGAAAUUGGAUCCCGGAAGAGGAGCUCUACCCAAAAGGUAUGCUGAGAGAAUCAGAACACAUCUGUUCGACUUAAGAAGAAUUCGUGGCAGCAACUCAGUCGAUAUCAUAGAGAAGAUUUGCAGCAAACUCUCCGUACAUGACCGACUCGCAUGGAACGAUUCUAAGCGAUCCAGAGAAGAAACUAGAACCUUGGAGCAGUUUGGUGAAUGGCUCUGUUUCAGAGCAGCUGCCUACAGGACUCCUUACGACGUCGCUUCAGAUCAACAACAACAACCACAGCGAGAGCCCGGUAGGCAACGGGCUCGAACGAACCAUGUCGCCACCAACCGACCUCCACACAAGUGCUACAAAUGUCAGCAAGGUCAUCGCAUCGAUGUAUGUGAGUCGUUCAAAUCCCUCUCCAUUGAAGAAAGAAUUAAUUUCGUCAAACUACACCGCCUAUGUUACGGAUGCCUUCGUCCCUUCCAUUCAGCGAAAGUUUGUCGCAGUUCCAAGAUAUGUGGUGUUAACAACUGUAAACGUAGACAUCAUUCUCUCAUUCAUCAAGAAGAGCCGAUCAACCCGACCUCUGUGGAGACGUAUACGGGCAGUACUGCCUGCGCCCAGAUUGCUUCAAAUCAUCGAGUCAUCUUUGGAGUUCUUCGAGUCAACGUUCGGGAUCGAUCGGGCCGAUGGAAAACAGCCAAUUUAUUCUACGAUGAAGGCAGCGACACGUCGCUGGUGAGAGAAGGAUUCUUACGCCGACUAGGAUUCAAAGGCAAACCAAUCCUACUCGAGAUUUCUGGUGUCCGGGCGGAGAUAAGUCAUUUUAAGUCGGAACAAAUUGCUCUUAAUAUUGAACUUUCAUCUGGAGGAGCUGCUUGUGUGAACGUCGCAUCCCUUCCCAUCGUCUGCGAUCCGAAACCCUUGACCAACUGGGCCGACAAGAAGCGCAACUGGAUUCAUUUAAAAGAUCUACCCUUGGAGGAGAGUGGAGGUCGUAUUGACAUUCUACUGGGACUUGACCAUUGUCAUCUCGUCAUUCCUUUGGACGUUCGCAGUGGAGCAGACAACGAACCCUACGCGUUUAAAUCCAAAUUAGGAUGGAUUGUAAGAGGAGUACUGGGAGAAGCUGAUCCGAAGCAAUCCGCCCGGAUCAACGUGAUUUCAUCCCGCAACAUAUCUGACUUAGAUACGGCCAUUCGUCAAUUUGCAGACACGGAAUCAUUUGAGACAGAAUACAAGAAGGAUCGGAUGACCACAGAAGAUCAAGCAGCCAUCGACAUUGUCGCCGGAGGAACGCGACAACUGGAAGUAGGUUACGAAGUGGCGUUGCCAUGGAAACCGGCCUCACCUGGCCUACCCGUCAACCGCCCACUGGCCGUCUUUAGAGCAAAUAGCUUAUUCAAGAAGUUCGAGAAGGAUCCCGUCUACAAAGAAGAUUAUGCGAAGGCUAUGAAGAAGUAUUUUGAAAAGGGAUAUGCCGCUAAGGUUCCAGUGCUAGAACUCAACACCCCUAAACAGUAUUUCCUCCCACAUCAUGGCGUUUAUAAGAAAGGUUCAAGAAAGCUGAGAAUUGUGUUCGACUCCGCAGCCGUUUAUCAAAACCGUUGCCUUAAUGACGCGCUUCUCAGCGGCCCUGCCUGGCAGGUUCAGCUUCCAUCAGUCUUAAUCCGUCUCAGAGAAGGAAGAAUCGCCUUCGCAGCCGACAUCGAAGCGAUGUUUAGCAGAAUUCGUCUCCGCCCAGAAGAUGCAGCUUAUCACCGCUUCCUCUGGAAGGAAGAAGGAUCAGAAGAAUUUACCACCUAUCAGAUGAAUCGAUUGUCAUUUGGUGACAAAUGUUCACCAUUCGUCGCGAUCGCCACCAUCCGAAGAGUAGCAGACGAUCAUGGCGCAGAGAAACCGGAAGCGGUAAAGGCGAUCAAGGAAAAUAUGUACAUGGACGACUAUCUGGACAGUGCGAGAGACCUAGACGAAGCCGUUAAACGCGCAAAGGAUGUGAAGCAGAUCCUAGCCCAGGGAGACUUUCAUUUCCAAGAAUGGAUUUCAAAUGUUCCGGCAUUUUCAGCAAUACUCAAUUCCGAGUCAACGAUUACGAAAAGCGACCAUGAAAUAAAGGUUCUCGGAAUAAGAUGGAACACCGAACUUGAUCAUCUAUCUCUUGUUAUAGGUGGAGCAGACCAUGUUAUUUACAAUCGAUUCGGCAUUUCAAGUUUCGUCUCCAGCAUAUUCGACCCUCUUGGAUUCGCCUCACCAUGGAUCGUCAAGGCAAAGAUCAAGUCCAGAGAGCUCAGUACUAAAGGUGUCACCUGGGAAGAAAUCAUCGCAGAGGAUGACCAGACCUGGUGGAGAGAAUGGAUUACGUCGCUCAACACGAUAAAGGAAACGGCGAUCCCACGGUGUUUAUUCCCGGAUGAAGAAUUGAUCACGAGUUCCGAGCUACACGUCUUCAACGACGCAUCAGAGGAAGCGUUUGCGUCAGCAGUGUACCUGAGACAUACCUACUUAUCCGGCCAAGUCAUCAUUCAUUUAGUGAUAGCCAAAACCAAAUUGGCUCCAAAGAAGGUUCUGUCCAUCCCGAAGCUGGAGUUACAAGCCGCUUUGAUGGGUGCAAGAUUAGCUGACUAUGUAACCAACUCUCUGACCAGACCGGUUACUAGAAGAAGAUUUUGGACGGACAGUUCCUGUGUAAGAAAUUGGAUUAGGUCGACAGCCGCGUACUACAAACCAUUCGUCUCUCAUCGACUGGGGGAGAUCCAAGUACUGACAGAGUCUUUUGAGUGGAGAUUCGUACCCGGCCGUAUAAAUUGUAGCGAUCUAGCCACCCGUUCGUCAAUUGAAACCAUUCCUGACGUUUCGUUCAAGGGUCCAGAGUUCCUGUAUCAACCCGAAGAGGAGUGGCCCAUCGAUUUGCCCUGGAUGUCCGUCGUGGAAGAAGUAAAAUCAGCCCGGACCUUCCUUGCCGAAGUUGAAAUCCGCCCGCAAAUGGACUGGUCAUCUCUACAGUUCGGUCCAAACGAUUUACAAAAUGUUAUCCAAGGGAAAACACAACACAUCGAGAUACUACAACGAUGCCAAGAAGAAUCGUUUGAAAGAGAACUACGAAGAGUGAAGGAAUCAAAAGAGCUCCAUUCAUCGUCAAGCCUUCUUUCCCUCACACCGUUUAUCGGAAAGAACGGAUUAUUGCGACUGGGUGGCCGAAUCGGGAGAGCACCAUUGCCGUAUGAAAAUCUGCAUCAAAUCAUCUUACCGGGAAAUCAUCCACUCACCGACAAGAUCGUCGACGCAUUCCAUCGCGGUUAUCGCCACGCCGGGAUAGAAUUCAUUUUAUCUCGCAUCCGCGAACAUUUCUGGAUCGUGGGUGGAAAGGAAGCAGUGAGAAGAGCUAAAGAAAGGUGUCUGGAAUGUCGGCGGAAUCGAUCGAAAUUAGCUUCUCAGCUCAUGGGAGAGCUUCCGUUCUACCGCCUGGAAAUGUACACUCCGCCAUUCACGCGAACCGCCAUCGACUAUUUCGGUCCGCUUUUUGUUGGUUUCGGUCGAAAUCGCACGACAAAACGUUAUGGAGUUUUAAUCACGUGUUUGGUCACACGAGCCGUGUAUCUGGACUUAUCUCUUUCACUCUCAACCGUCGAUUUUCUUAUGGUGUUUAGAAGAUUCAUCGGUAUCUAUACUACCCCAAGAUGUGUCUACUCUGACAAUGGGACCAACUUUGUGGGUGCAGAAAAGGAGCUAGUGCAAAAUGUAGAAACCCUAGGGAAAGAUCAAGCUCUUCGCGAUUUUCGUCCGGAUCCGAUGGCUCCGCCAAUUGAGUGGAAAUUUCAACCACCCAGCGCCCCGCACUUUGGUGGUGCCCACGAGAGCCUCGUCAAGUCAGCGAAAAGAGCGUUGUACGAAGCGCUAGAUCAAGAAGCCAAGAAACAUCGCUAUCCAUCCGAAGAGACGAUGCGUACGCUGUUAUUCGAAGUGGCGGGAUUGCUAAACACUCGCCCUCUCACGCAGCUAAGCCCUGAUCCGUCCGAUCCACGUCCGCUUACACCAAAUGAUCUGCUGAAUCGUCCGUCAACGAGCCAUUUUCCCACUGGCUCUUUCAAAGACGCCCUACCUUCAGAACAUUACCGAUAUUUGCGUCGUGCCGUCAACAUAUUUUGGGAUCUUUGGAAAGGUCCGUAUCUACAAUCCCUUAUAGCAAGAAAGAAGAGGAAGAAAGAAAAGAGAAACUUUGCUGUUGGAGAUCACGUUUUGAUUGCCGACCCGAAUCAGCCAAGAGGAAUGUGGAAUCACGGAGUCGUUUCCGAGGUCUUCCCGGGACCCGACAAUUUAGUUCGAGUCGUCAACGUUAAAACAGAAGCCGGCCAAUCACUCCGCCCGAUCACUCGCCUCUGCUUGCUUACACCAGCUGAUAAUUCCGUCCAGCCAGAAUCCAGCUAG